GGUGCCUUUACUGAGGGCCCAUUCAGACCGGCCGUCACCCGCACUAUUGACGACUACUGCAAACACGAAGGGUUUAUCCCGGGACCCGAUCCCACCUCAUACUACAAGUGUGAGUACGUACCCGACCAGUGCUGGAAUAAACACCUGGAACACUGUCCAGAUGGUGGUACUUGGGAUGAGGUCACUCGACAAUGUAAAGCUAAACCAACACUACCGCCCACACCGACAACACCACCGCCCACUCCUACUACUCAGUCCCCGACCACCCAGACUGCUGGACAUACAACCAGUAGUAUCGACUACUGGUGCUCAAAGGACGGUUAUAUGCCACACCCCAGUGAUCCACAUGAAUACUUCCAGUGUGAAUGGAUCCCCGGCAAGGGCUGGUACCUCCAUUUGCAACACUGUCCCGGUGUGACCAAAUGGGUUCAGGUGGACAAGAAAUGUGACGGCGUGUAA